GGCGGUCACGUGCCCCGCUCGAUGCGCUCGGCGCUCUGGCGCCGCUCGGUGUUCGGUUGCCCCCUGUGGCGAGCGAGUGACGGGAGGGACCUGGUCCCAGCCCGUUCACCCCCCGCCGGCGACAUGUCCACCGCCAUGAACUUCAGCAGCAAAAGCUUCAAGCCGCGGCCGCCGGACAAGGGCGCCUUCCCGCUGGAUCAUUUCGGGGAGUGCAGCGCCUUCAAGGAGCGGUUCAUGGAGUGCCUCCGCGACAGCGGCUACGAGAGCGGUGCCUGCCGGCAGCGCGCCAUGGCCUACCUGGAGUGCCGCAUGGAGAGGCAACUUAUGGCUAAUGAACCACUGGAAAAAUUGGGAUUUAAAGACCUGAUUGAUGAGAAAUCAGAAGCAAAACAAGAAAAGUUGUGAUGAAGACGGACAUCUUCACUCCUCAUGUAUGGAAGGCAUAACUCUUAAUAUAGUACAUAUUGUACGUUCUGUUCAUAUUGCACUAGGAAGUGUUUCCUGAAGGAACCUUUUUCAAGGUCUAAUUUUCCUAAAAUAAGAUUAUUUUUUAAAAAAAUGAGCAAAAGUACUGCCUUUGUCUGCUUUCCUCAAGUAUUCUUUUUUCCCUUUUAAUUUCUCUAGCCUACUUUUAAAGAUCCAUAAGAACCUGGAGAAAACAGUUACUGCCUGAAGUGUUUUCCAUGUCUCUAAGAACGGUGAAGUCUUAAAAAGACAAAACAAACCCCUUUAUCGUGUAGAUAUUGAACUACAGAUUAAUCUAACGUGGACAUUACUAAUGUGCUUACAGCAGUUACUUGUCAGGUGGAAAUAAAGCUGUUGCGGUACUUGCAAAUUGCUUUUUGUUAAACACCCAUCUUUGGGUUGAUUUCCUUCUCACCCUGCUAUAGUCUUCUUGGGUACUGAGGUGAGGGGUUUUCUUGCAGUCUUUUAACCUUCAUUAUUGUUGGGAGAGUAUUUCUAGUUCCAGACACCAGUCAGGUAGUGAUUCUGCUUUUAUUUACCACACCAACAGUAACUAACUGACUUCACCUGACUUCAUUUAAUUGAAAUACUUCAUGAUGAAUAUAUUUGUUUCUUUGAGUAGAGCUGCCAUAUGUUUUUUUAAUAUCUUUAUAGUGACAUCAGUGUGGAGACAAGAAUUGAAUUUAUUUGUUGUCUCAGUAACUGGUAUUUAUUUGUGUCUCUCUCCCAUGUAAAUGGGAUUGGAUAAUUUUAUUGUUUUAAAAGCAAAUGCUUUAUGUUAAAACCCAGUGUAGAUCAAGAGUUAGCUAUCUAAGAAAUACAGUAUUUCUUUCCAGAACAGGCAGCUGAGCAGGUAAUGUAGCAGGCCAUAGAGUAGAUGAGCAAUCAGGUCAGAGAAUGUCUUUAAGAUCCCUGAUAUUUUCUUAAUUAAUACUGAGUUCAAGACAAAAUAAUUGGGCCUUUUAGCUCCCUAGAAAUAUGUUUCAAGCAGACAAUAAAUUUGUAAAUCCUCUGGAUGCACUGGAUUUCUUGCCCUGUCCCCCCUGCUUGCAGGUGGUUUUUCAUUUUUUUAACCCACUGAAUCAUUUCUCUCUCUAUACAUCUGGCUCUCAAGCAACAAGCUUUAGGGUCAGGGCCUGCAGACAGCGAUACACACACUGUUUGCCAAGACAGUUCUCCUACACUUUCUGCUUUAUUUGGUGUUCCCUGUUUGAUAUAUCUCACCUUUCCUGCUAUUACUGUCUCCUAUUACUGCUUUUGCUUCUCCUUCUUUCCACUGUGCAUCUGUUCACACACAGAGAUCCAGGAAAGGGUAAAAAAACAUUUUCUGCUCUUCAUAUUGAUGGUUGGAACUGGGAUUUAAAUUGUUUUUGAGGUCUAAUCUGAUUGAACACUCUGCACAUAGUUAAGAGCAGGUUCUUGUUUGAAAAGAUUGUUUGUGUGCAGCUGCAUAUUUUUAUUCUGCUUCAUUCUACUGUUCAAAUUAUAUCCUUUGGUAAGAUUAGUACAUUUAUAGAAAAGAAAGCAGAGAUUUUAUUGCUGAAGCAGAUAUUAAAAGACAUUAUAUUAAACCACUGAACAAGAGCUUUCUUUCAGUGAUACCAAGUAAGAAUUAAUCUCCAGCAUCUUCAGAAGAAAGAAAUCAAAUUUCAUGCUUCUGUGCUCCCUGAAUAUUACAAGGUGAAGUGAAUCCUGAUAGGUGUGAAAGAACUCACCACCAAUGGUGGUGGAGUAGUCCGGGCUGUUGUCGGUAGUAGUUUCAUCUUUCGGAUGUUACUCUGCACUGUCGUUUGGCCAUACAGUUACUGCAUGAGUUAGGUGUGUGUUUUUCCUAAGGCAAUUGAUACUGACUCUGAUCUCCAGGCUAUUAUAGAGUAAAAUGGGUGAAGUUUGUCUUGAGUGAUUGAAUUUUGACCAUAAGCUGGAGUGAUAGCUGCCUUUAAAUGAAAUGUCUCAGAUCACACACUGAAGGAGGGACCAGUGGGGACGCUGUAGUGACCAAGGCCUAUGUUUUGGACCUGCUGCAAGAGGGAUAUUGAGGGGAAAAAAGCAGUUUCAAAAACUUCAUGGCAUGCUGAAGUGAAGAGUGCUCUCUGCUACUUGCAGGCUUGGAGUGCCUCUGUAGUGUUACAGUGAUAUAGCCAGCAGGACUCUGCAUAGCUCAGACUGACUGUGCUGCUGAGCCACCAAAACAGCCAGAGCACGCUUCAUCCUUCACAAAUAGUAACAGAAUUAGUAAUUGGGAACACCAAGGCGACCUUUCACCAACCCGAAGAGAAUGUCCUCAUCCCGUCGAGAUCCAUGGGCGUAUUGUGUCCUGCCUCCCAGCACUGUCCCCUUCAUGCCAGGACAAGGGGUAGUUGAAGCUCAGGGAGUUGGCAGAGGCACAUGUUUCCUGGCUGUAGGGAACUAGCUGGAGAACAGAAUAUGUUUAGUGGAGCUGUAAGGUGAGCUCAGAGCUGGUGAGGACCAUCAGCUGGUCUCAGUUGAGAUCUAAUGCAACAGAAGUGGUGGAAAACCAAGUCUGUAGUCAGCGCCGAGCCUGGGAUCAAACAAUUUUCCCAACUUGCUGUAUGGGACAAGUCCCUGCCACACAAGAGUCAUGUGGGAGAAGAAAAGUCCCAGAAUGUGCUUCAAUUUAUUCCUGCCAACAUACUGAUCGUUAAUAAAAGCCUUUCUGUGUAAAUCCUA